AAAAAUUCAUUUACAUCCUUUAUCUCCAUCUAAUCAAGUUUCAAUUACUAUUCAUGAUCAUUUACAAGAAUUAAUUCAUCAAGCAAAUGACAAUACUGGAAAUUUUACUUCAACUCAUAUUAUCAAAUAA